AUGGAGACCGGUGCCGGCCCACAUCCGCAGCGCCUGUUCGUUUGCCUGAUGCCACUCUGUCUCUCUUUGCUUUUGGGGCCAGGGAAGCCCGGGACCGCGGAGGAAGUCAUUCUCCUGGAUUCCAAAGCCUCCCAGGCUGAGCUGGGUUGGACUGCACUGCCGAGUAAUGGGUGGGAGGAGAUCAGCGGCGUGGACGAGCACGACCGUCCCAUCCGUACAUACCAGGUGUGCAACGUGCUGGAGCCCAACCAGGACAACUGGUUGCAGACCGGCUGGAUCAGCCGCGGCCGCGGACAGCGCAUCUUCGUGGAGCUGCAGUUCACACUGCGUGACUGCAGCAGCAUCCCCGGCGCCGCGGGCACCUGCAAGGAGACUUUCAACGUCUACUACCUGGAAACCGAGACCGACCUGGGCCGCGGGCGUCCCAGCCCCGGCGGCAGCCGGCCCCGCAAGAUCGACACUAUCGCAGCGGACGAAAGCUUCACUCAGGGCGACCUGGGCGAACGCAAGAUGAAGCUGAACACGGAGGUGCGCGAGAUAGGUCCGCUCAGCCGACAGGGUUUCCACCUGGCCUUCCAGGAUGUGGGCGCAUGCGUGGCGCUGGUCUCUGUGCGCGUCUACUACAAGCAGUGCCGCGCCACAGUGCGGGGCCUGGCGGCAUUCCCAGCCACCGCGGCUGAGAGCGCCUUCUCCACGCUGGUGGAGGUGACCGGAACAUGUGUGGCGCACUCAGAAGGGGAGCCCGGCAGCCCCCCGCGCAUGCACUGCGGCGCCGAUGGCGAGUGGUUGGUGCCCGUGGGCCGCUGCAGCUGCAGUGCGGGAUUCCAGGAACGCGGUGACAUCUGUGAAGCCUGUCCCCCAGGGUUUUACAAGGUGUCCUCUAGGCGGCCCCUCUGCUCACCCUGCCCAGAGCACAGUCUGGCCCUGGAAAACGCCUCCACGUUCUGCGUGUGCCAGGACAGCUAUGCGCGCUCGCCCACUGACCCGCCCUGGGCCUCCUGCACCCGGCCGCCGUCGGCGCCGCGGGAUCUGCAGUACAGCCUGAGCCGCUCACCGUUGGCACUUAGGCUGCGCUGGCUGCCGCCGGCCGACUCCGGCGGCCGCUCGGACGUGACGUACUCGCUGCUGUGCCUGCGCUGCGGCCGCGAGGGCCCGGCAGGCGCAUGCGAGCCGUGCGGGCCGCGCGUGGCCUUCGUGCCGCGCCAGGCCGGGCUCCGCGAGCGCGCCGCCACGCUGCUCCACCUGCGGCCCGGGGCGCGCUACACCGUGCGCGUGGCGGCGCUCAACGGCGUCUCCGGCCCAGCGGCCGCCACGGGAGCCACCUACGCGCAGGUCACCGUCUCCACUGGGCCCGGGGGACCCUGGGAGGAGGAUGAGGUUCGCAGGGACCGAGUGGAACCCCAGAGUGUGUCCCUGUCGUGGCGAGAGCCUAUCGCUUCUGGAGCCCCGGGGGCCAACAGCACGGAGUAUGAGAUUCGCUACUACGAGAAGGGCCAGAGUGAGCACAUUUACUCCACGGUGAAGACGGGAGCGCCUGCGGUCACUGUCACCAACCUGAAGCCGGCUACCCGCUACGUCUUUCAGAUCCGGGCGGCUUCUCCAGGGCCCUCGUGGGAGAUCCAGAGCUUCAACCCCAGCAUUGAAGUACAGACCCCAGGGGAGGCUGUCUCAGGGUCCAGGGACCAGAGCCCCGCAGUUGUCGUCACCGUGGUGACCAUCUCAACCCUCCUUGUCCUGGGCUCCGUGAUGAGCGUGCUGGCCAUUUGGAGGAGGCCCUGCACCUAUGGCAAAAGAGGUCGGGACGCCCAUGACGAGGAGGAGCUGUAUUUCCACUUCAAAGUCCCGACACGUCGCACGUUCGUGGACCCCCAGAGCUGUGGGGACCCCCUGCAGGCUGUUCAUCUGUUUGCCAAGGAGCUGGAUGAGAAAAGUGUAAUUCCGGAGAAGAGCCUUGGAGCAGGGCGGUUUGGGGAGCUGUGCUGCGGCUGCUUGCAGCUCCCUGGCCGCCAGGGGCUCCCCGUGGCCGUGCACACGCUGAGGGAAGGCUGCUCCGACUCUCAGAGGCUCAGCUUCCUGGCCGAGGCCCUCACCCUGGGUCAGUUUGACCAUAGCCACAUCGUGCGGCUGGAAGGUGUCGUCACCCGAGGAAGCACCUUGAUGAUUGUCACGGAGUAUAUGAGCCAUGGGGCCCUGGACGGCUUCCUCAGGCGGCAUGAGGGCCAGAUGGCGGCUGGGCAGCUGAUGGGGCUGCUGCCUGGGCUGGCAUCAGCCAUGAAGUAUCUGUCGGAGAUGGGCUACGUUCACCGGGGCCUGGCUGCCCGCCGCGUGCUGGUCAGCAGUGGCUUCAUCUGCAAGAUCUCUGGCUUUGGGCGGGGACCCCGAGACCGAGCAGAGGCUGUCUACACCACCAUGAGUGGCCGGAGCCCAGCACUGUGGGCAGCCCCCGAGACGCUUCAGUUUGGCCACUUCAGCUCUGCCAGCGAUGUGUGGAGCUUCGGUGUCGUCAUGUGGGAGGUGAUGGCCUUUGGGGAGCGGCCCUACUGGGACAUGUCUGGCCAAGAUGUAAUCAAGGCUGUAGAGGAUGGCUUCCGGCUGCCACCCCCCAGGAGCUGCCCCUCCCCACUGCACCGACUGAUGCUUGAUUGCUGGCAGGAGGACCCAGGUGAGCGGCCCAGGUUCUCCCAGAUCCACAGCAUCCUGAGCAAGAUGGUGCACGACCCAGAGCCCCCGAAGUGUGCCACGACCACCUGUCCCAGGCCUCCCACCCCGCUGGAGGACCGUGCCUUCUCCACCUUCCCCUCCUUCGGCUCCGUGGGCGCGUGGCUGGAGGCCCUGGACCUGGGCCGCUACAAGGACAGCUUCGCUGCAGCUGGCUACGGGAGCCUGGAGGCUGUGGCCGCCAUGACUGCCCAGGACCUGGUGAGCCUGGGAAUCUCUUCGGCGGAGCAUCGGGAGGCUCUCCUCAGUGGGAUCAGCGCCCUGCGGGCACGAGUACUCCAGCUGCAGGGCCGGGGGGUGCAGGUGUGAGCAGCCCCCACUCUUCCAGGCCAGGACCCCAGGGGGGCUCCGGACUCGGCCCUGGCAAGCUGAGCCCCCCACUGUGUGGCAGCGAGCGCUCUCCUCCUCCACCCGGGGCCAGUUUCCUCGUUUCACUGCCUACACCUCCCAUUUUCGCCCGUCUGAACACCUCGGCUGACUCGGUCCCCUGGAAAAAGGGUCAGAUCCCUGGAGAGGACCCUUGAGAGAACAGCCGGAGGAAACGCAAGGUCUCAGGCACUGAGGUCAGGUGGGGCGCGGAGGGAAGACGUAGCUUUAAAUCACGAGGCUCAUGCCUUUCUGUCUUCCACACCCACUGGGGGCUGGAGCCUCCCACAUCAACCCACAGACCGUUGGCCAGCAGGCAGCACGGGUCCCUGCUGGGCUCCCGUUAAAACUGGCGGUGACCACAGCUGCCUGGCAGCCCAUCCUGAUGGGCCCUGGAGGGGCGGCGCCCUCAGCUCGUUGGGUUUGGGCUCAGCCCUGCCUGGGCAUUAGUCCUGGG